AUGCAUGUAUCUCCUUCGGAGGUAGUUCCUGGAAGCACAGCCAAUGACCUGGCCAACGGAGGUUCCCAUCUCGUGAUUGAUAAAACAGUUGCGCAAGAAGGAACAGCCGGAGAUAAACAAGAAGCAAUCGAAGACGGUACUGUUUGUCCUGGUACCAUCAGCAACAAGGGCAGCAACAAUGAGGCGAUUGACGUCCUCCAAGGUGUGCCAACCAGUACGCCAAAAAAGGUGUCCAAGAAGGAAACGAUUGACCCACAGCUUGCGGCCAUGGGGACUCCCGUCUCCGUAGAAGAGUGGAUGGCUGUUCCUCGAAAGCGCGCGUCCAAUGCGUCUACUUCAUCUACUACUCACCAUGGUAGUUCUUCAGAUAACGACGACGAUGAUGCUGCACGAAGUUUCUCGGCAGCACCAGUUUUUCGCACCGUCGUAGCUGACACCAGUCUCCCCGGAGCCUACGCGAGCGCACCUGGGUUCGCCUACUUGUCCAAUCGCCUCCCUGGUCUGCAUGGUUCGUUGGUAGGCCACUCUUCGAGAAGCUUUCAAGGCGACAGUCCCACGCACGCAAGUUUCAACCACGAUGGAAGCCUGGUGGAAGCUAGACUGGUGUCCGAAGAAGGAACCAUAGCGACUGCACAACCAGCAGAUACGUUUGUAAGACGCCGUCCACAACGAUCUUGUUGUGGUGGUUCCCCCAAGAGUACUGCGUGUCUGUGCCUACUUGGAGCGACGAUCGGGGCUGGAGUGAUCGUACUGCUCCUCUGGGGGGGAGGCGUGUUGCGGCAAUCUUCUACAGCCAACCAAAGCGACCAUAUUGGAAGGCCAACGACUCCCGCUACAUUAUCACCGUAUGAGUAUUUGGCACAAUAUCUUCCAGCGGAUUCGAUAGUGUCAGCGGAACAAGACCCACGCUCCCCUCAGGCGCUCGCAAUCGAAUGGUUUGUCCAAGACCCCUUCUUGAGAAGCUACAGCACACGACAGAGGAUCCAGCAACGCUUUGCCCUGGCUACUAUAUUCUAUGCCCUCAAUGGAACUACCUGGACCAAGAACCGAGAAUGGCUCUCAUACGAUCAUCACGAGUGCUCCUGGUACAGCGGUCCCAGUGAAGAUGUGAUUCAUGUGCCAAAACCUGCCCAGUCACCCUGUCGAGGAGAUGCCAAUAUAUUGACAGCUGGCAACAAAAGCACCCAUGAGUGGUAUACACACUUGUGGCUUGGUCGAAACAACUUAAAUGGAGUACUUCCUGUCAGAGAACUCUCUUUGCUAUCCAAUCUGGAAUCGAUUGACAUGGGCUAUGGCCAUGUUCGAGGAAAGCUGUUCACAAAGGAUCUACUCCAGCUAUCCAAUCUAAAGGAGAUGAGCCUCUUGACAAAUCAGAUUAGUGGCACCCUGAUGACAGAGAUUGGACUCAUGACGAACUUGGAAGUCUUGUUGAUGGGGAAAAGGGGCAACAAUUUUCAGGGAGGUUUGCCCUCAGAGUUGGGCUUACUCACUGACUUACAUGUCUGCAGCCUAUCGGGUUCAGACUUUACAGGGACAAUCCCGACUGAGAUUGGGAGCAUGUCAAGCCUACGUGUUCUUGGUCUGGCAGGUACUCUGUUGACAGGACCAAUGCCUUCAGAGAUUGGGUUGCUCUCCUCCAUGUGGCUCACGUAUUUCUUUCGAAGCCAACUAUCUGGUCAAGUUCCAUCAGAAAUUGCUCAGCUAAAGGAACUGUCUUGGUUUCACAUCCAGGACAAUGUUUUCAGUGGUACCAUUCCAACACAGUUUGGUGCCAUGCCUUCAAUGCGUGAAUUGGCAAUGACUGGAAACCACCUUACUGGGACUAUUCCUUGGGAGAGUUGA